GCGCACUGGCCAGCGGCGGUUUAUCAACAGUGCGCAAGUGUGUGCUUCCUCUCGGUAGUACCCCCCGUUCGUGACGUCACUGCGCCGGAAGCCUCCCGAUCCGUGGCCCUCGGUAGCGUAGCUCCGCAUACACAAAGCCAGGCCGUCGCCAUCUUAUGUACAGGCCGGGCGGAGAGCUCGGGCCCCGGGCAUGACCCCGCUGUCUCCUCGGGCCUCCGCCGGGCGGAAAUGAGGCCAAGAUGUCUGUCUCUGGGCUAAAGGCCGAGCUGCGACUCCUCGAGUCUAUUUUCGGGAAGGAGCACGAGAGGUUCCGGAUCAUCAGCUGGAGGCUGGACGAGCUGCACUGUGUGUUCAUCCAGAGCACCGGAGGGGCCCUGACCAUCCACUGCAACAUCACGGAGUCCUACCCUUCCUCUGCACCAAUAUGGUUUGUAGAAUCAGAUGACCCAAAUCUGACUUCAGUUUUGGAACGCUUGGAAGACAUUAAAAAAAGCAACACAUUGCUCUUGCAGCAACUGAAGCGAUUGAUUUGUGACCUGUGCAGAUUGUACAACCUCCCACAGCAUCCUGAUGUGGAAAUGCUGGAUCAGCCUCUGCCUACAGGACAGAAUGGCACAACAGAGGAAGUCACGUCUGAAGAGGAAGAGGAGGAAGACAUGGGAGAGGAUAUCGAAGAUCUUGAUCAUUACGACAUGAAGGAGGAAGAGCCAGUCGAUGGCAAGAAGUCAGAGGACGAAGGCAUUGAAAAAGAAAAUCUUGCCAUCUUGGAAAAGAUCCGAAAGAAUCAAAGGCAGGACCACCUAAAUGUGAGUAACAAGGGUGCAGUGUCUGGAUCCGUACAAGCUUCUGACCGUCUUAUGAAAGAGCUCAGGGAUAUAUACAGAUCACAGAGUUAUAAAACAGGAAUUUAUUCCGUGGAACUUGUAAACGACAGCCUGUACGAGUGGCAUGUUAAGCUGCUUAGGGUUGACCCUGACAGCCCGUUACAUAGUGACCUCUUGGUCUUAAAAGAAAAGGAAGGCAUAGAUGGCAUUUUACUGAAUUUCUCCUUUAAGGAUAAUUUUCCUUUUGAUCCUCCUUUUGUGAGAGUGGUGUCACCAGUACUUUCUGGAGGGUAUGUGCUGGGUGGAGGUGCCCUCUGUAUGGAGCUUCUUACUAAACAGGGCUGGAGCAGUGCCUAUUCAAUAGAAUCUGUUAUCAUGCAAAUCAAUGCUACCCUGGUAAAAGGAAAAGCACGUGUGCAAUUUGGAGCCAACAAGAAUCAGUAUAACCUUGCUCGAGCACAGCAAUCCUACAAAUCCCUAGUACAGAUCCACGAGAAGAAUGGCUGGUACACUCCUCCAAAAGAAGAUGGGUAACUCCAAACUCACCCUGGACCAAGAUUUAAACAAACUCUUAUUUUCUACUUCUUUCCAACACAGAUCCAAUGUUGCCCUUGGGUCCCUCUGUACAGCAUAUGUUAGCUAUUAGAUAAAGGAACUGUCAGACCUGUAUAUUAGACCACAUCUGCUUCUCUGGGACUGAGAGCAGCUGCCUUUACUGAAGAGGCCACUCCAGAUAUUUUAUCAUCCUAUUUAAAUCAGAUGAUCUAGCUUAGUGCAUCCAUUCCUCUUUUAUUAGACUUGUAAAUUGCUUUCACUUCAUUUUGUUCAUGUGUUUUUUUUUUGUUUGUUUUUUUUUUUUGUUUUGCAGAAUUUGCUCUGCAAAAAUAAAUUACUUUUUGUAUAGUAUCAUUUAAAGCCAAACUAAUGUUUCAGAUGUUUUAAGAAAUGGGUAAAAAAAAUACUUGGGCUUUCCAUCUAAAAUUUAAUUUGGAAACAAAUUGCCAAAAUUUGCAAAGGAGGGUUUAGUUUGAAAAAGCCAUGAAACACUUAUGCCUACUGGUCUGGGUAGUAUUCAAUGUAACAGACUACUGGGCCUUCCUAACACCUACAUUGAAUUGCUAAAACAUUGCAAAAAAAUUAGAUAAACAUCCUACUGUUUUUUAGAUUUUUUUUUUUUUUUUCCUUAUUUUCUCCACGUCUUCAAUUCCGUGUUUGAAAAUUUGGUUACUAAGCUAUGUUUUAUUAUAGUUUCCUUAUUGGAAAUCGGCAUGUUUUUUGAAUUAAACAUGGUUUACGCUGCCAUCAUUUUUGCCUGAUCCUAGGCUGUACGUUGUUCACUUUGGUGAAGUCCUCUCAGUAAGACUAAAUUGUCAGACUAAAAUCGAAUUCUGUCACCCCUGCCGCCCUCCCAUCUUCCCGCCUAAUAACAUCAGUUUGAGGCUUGAAAUCAUUGAAUACUAAGUUGUUCUUUGUUUUUUUGUUUUUCCUAGCAUUGCAUUUUUAUUAACGGGUUGUUGCAAUUGAAUUCUGUGAACUAAGAAUUGGCACAUAAGAUUAGGCAACUGUGUACAUUUUUGAAUAAAGAUGCAUCAUUUUUUGAAUUGUAUAAUUCCGUAGAACUUGGGUUACCAAGCACAGUGGGCUUUAAAGACAUUGUGACCUUGAAGAAAACACUUGUCAGCCCUUCUCCCUUUUUUUUUUUUCUUUUUUCUCUUUCUUUCUUUUCCUGCCAAAUAUGUUUAGUUUGUAAGUAAGCGUUGCUCCUAUUGAAUAGUAGGGAUUAAAGCUGAGGUUUUGCUUGAUCUGAUGCCUUUUUGUGUUCAAUGGGGUGAACUAAGUCAAUAUUUCCUCUAUUUUUACACCUAGAGCAAAAUCUUUAAUUUCCCAUUGCUCUGUAACAAAUUGUAUACAUAUUCAAGGGAAAAACACUCCCUCUGGUAGUUGCUGACAUUUCAAAUCUAAAGCUGUGAAAGGUAGAAUAGAACCAUUGUCUACUAAAGCUUGCAUCCAUGUGUGUGUGCUAUACAAUAUAGCUGGUUGUAGGUUACCGUCUAUGUUCUUGUAAUCACAUGCCCUGUAACUUGUAAAAGUUUACCUUAUUAAAAGGUUGGUAUGCAAGUUGGUUCAAAACUCCGUUCUGGCCUUCACUUUCAAUGCGACACACGGCUCCCAUCAAUACUGUUCUCGGUUCUAAUUUUUUUGGGGUCAAACCCACAAAGUUUGUGAACCUCCAGCUUCUCUGAAAAUAUAUAGCUCUUUCAGAGUUUGACUAGAAACACCCUCUCUCCCCCACAAACACACACACACACACACACACACACACAAAUGUUCAAUUUAUAUUUAGUGCCUGUAUAAUUGUUUUUCACAAGGCCCUUGUUUAACAUCUUUCAUAGAACCACACACAAGGCAGGAACCAGCAAACUGGUAUGGUAUUGACUUAGAGUUUAGAAGGUUGCUGACUUGGCAUGCUUUUUGUUUGUUUGAUCCUUUUUCUUUUUUUUUUUUUCUCUUGCUUUCUUUUUUUUUUUCAUUGCAAACUUAUUUGGCAAUGUACAGUAAUCUGUAAACUUGCAUCAAGUUUAUGAUUAAACCAUUUUAAGAUUUAA